AUGGCAAAGUGCGGAGCUUGCGGCAAAUUCCUCUCGUCGACAGGUGGCGUUGGUUGUACAGUCUGUCCAAAUAUAUUUCAUAGGGCAUGUCUAAUGGUGUCUGAUGGAACAACGAUAAGCAAAGAUUGGGUGUGCCCGGAAUGCAAAAAAAAGUCAAGAAAGGGUGAUAACAGCUGUACCCCUGUAAGAGGUAUCUCCGGAAACACCCCGCAAGAACCUCAAGUGAUCAGGAGCCCGCCAUGCAGCGUUGGAACUCAGAAGACUGCUUUGAACGAUGAUGAUUCCCCUGCACGAGAGCUUAGCCGCCAACUUGUUGCCUGCAUGGUCGAGAUGCGAGAACUCCGUAAGGAAAUGGCAGAACUCCAUACAUCCGUUGCAUGCUUCACGGAGCGAAUGAAUGGCUUUGAACGAAGGCUGGAGGUAAUCGAGCAAAUGCAUACUCCUACCAAAGUGAAGGUCAAUGAGUUAGAGAAAACAGUUAAUUUAUUAAAGCAGGAGCUCAAUGACCGGGAUCAAGAGGCACUGCUUUCGGAUCUUGAGAUCGGACAUCUACCUGAGGAGAAGGGGGAGAAUAUCACCCACACCAUAUCUGUUCUAGCAGUAAGGCUAGGGGUACCACUGGAAGAACGGGACGUCGUCUUUGCGGAGCGUGUUGGAGCGGCGCCACUGUCUUUGAGCGCUAGUACGGAAGGAGGCGUAGCGAUACGAGCGCGCCGCGUGGUGGUACGGCUGGCGCGGCGUAGCCUGCGUGACGAGUUGCUGCGCGCUGCUCGCGUGCGUCGCUCAAUCACUACUGCGGACAUCGGGCUGGCCUCCUCGCCCCAACGCCUCUACGUAAAUGAGCGCCUGACGAGGAAUAAUCGGCAGCUAUUCCAUAGGGUCCGUGAAGCCUGUCGAAAGCUUUCGUGGCGCUACUCCUGGACCAGAAGGGGUCGUGUCUACGUUCGCCAAGCAGAGGACAAACCGGUUUACAGCAUCCGCACAGACGAUGACUUUAAUCGUGUUUUUCAGUCAAAUAUUGUUUGCAUUAGCAGCUCUGCAUAG